GUGAGAGGGUGGGAGGAGAUAGAGAGAAAGGCUUGGGGGGGAGGACGAGCGAGUGAGUGAGCAAGCGCUGGUUCCCGAGUACGGCGACGGAGGGCGGCGAGGAAGCGGGAGAUCGUUCGGAGGGAGAGUGACGGCCGUUGGAUCGGAUCUUGGCGGCGGAUCGGAUGGCGGAGGAAGACGGGCGGAGCGAGAGCAGCAAUUACACGUCGGAGGACGAGGGCACCGAGGACUACCGGCGGGGUGGUUAUCAUGCCGUCCGUGUCGGCGAUUCCUUCAAGCAGGGGGCCUACGUUGUCCAGUCGAAGCUCGGUUGGGGCCACUUCUCUACCGUCUGGCUCGCCUGGGACACCGUCCACUCCCGGUAUGUAGCACUGAAGGUGCAGAAAAGUGCGCAGCACUACACGGAGGCAGCAAUGGAUGAAAUAAAGAUCCUGAAACAGAUUGCUGAGGGGGACCCGGAUGACAAGCGGUGUGUUGUGAAGCUGCUUGAUCACUUCAAGCAUUCGGGACCUAAUGGGCACCAUGUGUGCAUGGUGUUUGAGUUUCUCGGGGAUAACCUCCUCACCCUCAUUAAGUACACUGACUACCGGGGUGUUCACCUUUCCAUGGUGAAAGAGAUCUGCCACCAUGUUCUUGUGGGUCUUGACUACCUCCACCGUGAUCUGCAAAUCAUCCACACUGACCUCAAGCCUGAGAACAUUCUCCUGGUAUCCAGCAUUGACCCUGCCAAAGACCCACGUCGGUCUGGCAUUCCUCCCUUUAUCCCUGCCAUCAAGUCUGAGGACCGGUUACCUGAGUCUCCUGCCCCUGUCAAUGGGGACCUUACUCGGAAUCAGAAGAAGAAGAUCAAGCGGAAAGCAAAGCGAGCAGCUGCUGCCACAUCGGGGAGUGCCGUGGCCCCAGCUUCUGUGAAUGCUGAUGGGCCACAGGAUUCAUCUGCGCCUGCUGAUGAUGGUGAUGGUAGUGUUGAAGUGAACAAUGGGGCAUUUCAUGCACAUAGGAGGGGGAGCAGGAACACAAGGAAGAGGCUGGCCAUGGAGGCUGACUUACGGUGCAAGCUGGUGGACUUUGGGAAUGCUUGUUGGACGUAUAAGCAGUUCACAAGUGAUAUACAGACAAGGCAGUAUCGCUGCCCUGAGGUGCUUCUUGGGUCCAAGUAUUCGACACCUGCCGAUAUGUGGUCGUUUGCCUGCAUUUGCUUUGAGCUUGCGACAGGGGAUGUGCUUUUUGAUCCACAUAGUGGGGACAAUUUCGAUCGGGAUGAGGAUCACUUGGCACUGAUGAUGGAACUACUAGGUAUGAUGCCACGCAAGAUUGCCUUGGGUGGCCGAUACUCUCGUGAGUUCUUUAACAGGUAUGGGGACUUGAGGCACAUCCGCCGCCUGAAGUUUUGGCCCCUCCACAAAGUGCUCAUCGAGAAGUAUGAUUUCAAUGAACGAGAUGCAAACGAAAUGGCUGACUUCCUUGUCCCUAUACUUGACUUCGUACCAGAAAAGCGGCCCACAGCUGCCCAAUUGCUUCAGCACCCAUGGAUUGAUGCAGGACCUUUACAGCGUGAGCCAUGCUUGCCACCUGCUGAUCAAAGAAAGCCAUCGGAUGAUGGCAUUUCCGAGAAGCAGAGGAAGGAGAAAGAUGAAAGGGAGGAAAUGGCAGUGGGCUUGGGGAAUAUUGCUAUUGAUGGAGCUUCAAAGCCGACCAAAGAUCCUCAAAUAAGAAGUAAACCAAGCAAGGCAAAUGCUACAGCCUCUAGGUCUUUUGGAAAAUCCGAGACCAGGAAUGAGUCUGUUUAAGUAGGCCAGGCUAGGGGAUAUUCGGCAUGAGAGCCACCCUAGUUGCUUCCAGUUCCGCUAGCUACCUCUCUGCACCCACUUAAAAGAAGGCAAAUCAAAUGAAUGGAGCACAAUCCAAAAGAAGACAUUGAGUGCUUCAAAUGCUGGUCUUUUGGAAAAUCCGAGACCAGGAAUGAGCGUGUUUAAGUAGGCCAGGCUAAGGGAUAUACGGCAUGAGAGCCACCCUAGUUACUUCCAGUUCCGCCAGCUACCUCUCUGCACGCACUUAAAAGAAGGCAAAUCAAAUGAACGGAUCACAAUCCAAAAGAAGACAUUGAGUGCUUCAAAUGCUGCAAUGGUGAGUCUGGUUGAGUUGAUCAUAAAGGCAUCUUCAAUCAGAUACAAUAUUCUACCAAACCUGUGUUUGGAUCAAGCAUGAAGGUGUUAAUUAAACUCAUUGUUCCUGGCAAUACUGAGGAGGUCAAGGAGCAGGAAUACAAUAUAAAGGAGCAGGUAUGCAUUGGCUUCUAUUAAAUCAUUUCUAGAUAUACUACACCCCUUGAAUGUGUAAUCAGUACUAACACAAGGUUCGGGUUCUAAAUGAUUCAAGACCAAGCGAGUUUAGAUAAGAGAUAAAAGACUUCAUUGACAGGCUAUAUCACAGUAUAUGAAUUACCAAAAAGAAAAGAAAAGAAAAGAAAAGCUAUCAAGAAGGAACAAAAAAACAGGUAAAUAACUAAAAUCCAAUGCAACUACAAGAUAUUAAUAACUGUAAUAGAUAUGGGACUUAGUGCCUUCCUUUCAUAUUUUCUCAGUGAGCUCAAAGAAUAUCAUUAAAUUGAAUUCCAACUGCAUACAGGUGACUUGUCCGAAACAGACGAAUGGACGGAUACAACUUCAAAAGCUUGGUAGUGAGCAAGUACAGUGCAAAAAACCCAAUGACUGCUAAGAGACACUAUGCGUGGCAGAGCAGCUAUGCCGGAGAAAGACGCAGGCGAGUUUGGAGGCGAGCUUGAUUUAGAGGGAAGUACGUAAGAUGGAACAAUCUGAACUAUGAAGUUGAUUGAAAGAGUAGUGCCUUACAAAUCAAUCGCAUAUAUGA